GGAGUAAAAAAAUUUUUUACUGUAUGAAUUAAAACUUUUUUUUUUUUUUUUUUAUUUAUUAAAACCGCGUGGCAAUUUAAAAUUCCACGUGGCGCAUAAUUAAGAAUGAUGAUUGGUUAAAAUUUGAUGACUUAUAACAGCCAAUAAGAAACAAGUUGAAAAAUAGAAUUGUUAUAUACCUAUAUAUAUACAUACAAAAUAUAUCAUCUGUUCGUCAGUAAAAAUAAAAAGUAACCAUUUUAUUUAUCAAUAGAGUUUAUUUCGUGUAAGAAAUAUGAAAAGAUCAAAUAGAGUGAUAAAUAAUUAAAUGACGUCGAAAAAUUAUAAAAAUUAGUUAAGUACUUAGAAAAAAAUUGAAAUUAAUUAAAUAAUUAACUGUGUGGUUAAAUAAAAAAUAAAAUAAAUAUAAAAACUUAUUUUUCCAAUGAACGGAAGCGAAAAUUUGACGAUUGACAAUAAGACCUCGUGUAUAAAAAUAGGUUUUUACCUUCCCUGAAUAUAAUUGUAUUGUAUUGAGUUAAUUUUAAACAUUUAAAUUAUAUGAUAAAUUUGUAAAUAUUUUAAAUAAAAUUUUUACAAUAAUAAAUAAAUAAAUAAAAUGGCUUCAAAAAGUACAAUAGCACAAGCUUUAGGAACAGAUGGAAGUGAUUUCACGCAUAGGCAAAGAGUUGCUAGUCAAUAUCAAACGAGAAAAAUUUGAGAGACUUGAUGUAAACACAUUAUCAUUUGUUUAUUAUGAUCUGAGAUUAUUCAAUAUGUGAUGCAUUUGCUGACAUAAAAUGAUUCUAAUUGAAGAAAUAAUACUGCGCUAUGAAUAAAUCAAGACUGAACAAAUGUAUAUGGUUUCACUUUUUACUAUUCUUCGUUAUGCUUACAAAAUUACUACCAGAUAUAUUAGACCGUUUAGAUAUAUUUAUAUUGGAGGUUGAAGAAUUACAAGUGCCGAAGCCUUUAUGGUGGGAAUAUAUUUGGUUAUCCAAUGUAUUGGUACCAUUUAUUGGUCUGUCAGCAAUAAAAAAGAAUCAAAUAAAAUCAAUGACACGUUUCAUGUAUGGAAUUGGUCUUCUAGGAUUUGGUCCAAUUAUUUAUGCUACUAUUUAUUACCUCCCUGAUGUAUGGGCUUACUUGACCGUUGGAAAAACGGAAGAUAUUUUGCUAUGGAAGGAUUUACCUUAUGGUCUAUUAUGGUAUGCGUUCAUUUUAGCUGCUAUUCAAGUACACUCAUUCACGUUAUACUUCUCAUCGAAAUUAUUGUCGGCGUGGAAAUCACGAGGCUUGAGGAAAGCCGAUUAAAAUGAUA